AAAAUGUCCCCAGGAAUCCAUGGUGGUCUCAAAACUCCACAUGGUUCCAUGAAGGUCCCAAACUUCCACAAGCCUCGAUGCAAGGACCAAACCCCCACCAGGGCUCCCUGAGGGGACCAAACCCCCCACAGGGCUUUAUAAAGGGACAAAACGCCCCCAGGAAUCCAUGGUGGGGAUGGGGCGGGGGGGGUCUCAAAACUCCACAUGGUUCCACGAGGGUCCCAAACUUCCACAGCCCUCGAUGCGGGGACCAAACCCCCACAGUGCUCCGUGAGGGGACCAAACCCCCACAGUACGCCGUGAGGGGACCAAAGCCCCACACUGCUCCAUGAGGGGACCAAAGCCCCAUAAGGGGUCCGUGAGGGGACCAAACCCCCACAGUGCUCCAUGAAGGGACAAAAUCCCCAUAAGGGUCCGUGAGGGGACCAAACCCCCACAGUGCUCCAUGAAGGGACAAAAUCCCCAUAAGGGUCCGUGAGAGGACCAAAGCCCCACGCUGCUCCAUGAGGGGACCAAAGCCCCAUAAGGGUCCCAAAGCCCCACAGGGGUCCGUGAGGAAACCAACCGCCCUUCUCCCCUCGCCAUGGCCACCGCGGCCCGCCCAGCAGCCUGAGGAAUGCCCGCUCCACAGCGAACAUUCCCCGCUCGCCCGUCCCGCCCCGCCGAGGGAGCGGCGGGGCGGGCCGGGCCGCCCACAUAAGGCGGGCUCAGCACGGCCUGCCCGGGGAGGAGGUAGCGGUGGCGGCUGAUCCGGGUGGAGCCGUCAUGGAGAUGGGGUGGCUGCUAUGGGGCACGGCCGUGCUGCUGCUGCUCCACGUCCUCAUGGAGCUCAGCCCCACCGUCAACUUCGCGCUGCGCAUCGGCUUCUACUGCGUGCUGUGCCUGGUGGUCUCGGCGCUGGCGGCCGUAGCCUGCCUGCUGGUCAACGGCGGCCGCACCGUCAAGAACAUGAGAAUCAUCAAAGCUUUUGUCAGGACCUUCAAGUAUUUCUUCGGCCUGAGGUUUGAGGUGAAAGGACUGGAGAACUUCAAGGUGGAGGGCCCUGCUCUCAUUGUGUCCAACCAUCAGAGCGUCCUCGACAUGAUGGGGCUGAUGGAGGUCCUGCCCGACAACUGUGUCCAGGUGGGCAAGAAGGAGCUGAUGUACAUGGGCAGCGUGGGGCUCAUCAUGUACCUUGGUGGCGUCAUCUUCAUCAACAGGAAGAGCACCAGCAGUGCCAAGAUGGUGAUGUCAGAGGUGGCCAAGACUAUGGUGGCUGAGAAUAUGAAGGUGUGGAUAUAUCCAGAGGGCACAAGGAACUGCACUGGGGAUUUGCUGCCAUUCAAGAAAGGAGCAUUUCACCUCGCUGUCCAGGCACAGGUCCCGGUGAUCCCUGUGGUGUAUUCCUCCUUCACCUCCUUCUAUAACCCAAAGACAAAGCUGUUUACAUCAGGUAAAAUCAAGGUUGAGGUUCUGCCUCCAAUAGAGACCAAAGGGCUGACGUCAGACGAUGUCACCGACCUCUCUGACAGAUGCUUCAGCACCAUGAGGGAGACCCUCUUCAGGCUGUCAGGCCAUCCAGGCCAGGCAAAGGACUCAUCCUAGAGGCUUCUCCAGUGGUGUCACCGUGUGGUGGUGGCUAAAGGGACCUGUCCGUUCUUGCCAAAUACUGAAGGAUUUUCUUCUCCUCUGCAGUGAUUUCUAACUCUUGGGAGCACCACAGACUGGCACACACAGGGUGUCAAGCCAGCACUAAGGUUCCCCUCUGAGUGGAUUUCUCUUAUGGGUUCAUUUUCUCACUUUGAAAUAUCUCCUUUUUCUGAAUUUCUCAGGCAUCAAACUUGUGCUACCAAAGGGCUCAAUGACUAGAGAGGGGAGUUCCCCCAGCUCUUGCAGCUAGCUUGGGGUGACAGCAAAAACCUGCCUGGAGCCUGAGCUCUGCCUCAUGUGACUGUCCCUGCACCUGUGCUCCUGCAGGCUCAGCUCGCGAGGUGGCCCUGUGAUGUCCCAGGUGGAAACCACCAGGCAGCAGUUUGUAUCAGCACAACCUUGAUGCUCAAACAGGGCUGAGAACUGGCUGAAAAUCCAGAUUUUGGCUUUUCAGCAGUGCCAGGAGUGUGGUGUCCUCCCUGGACAACCCAGAGCACUCCCACCCACCAGUGGGACACACAGGCCUGUCCCCUUGAGAUGCCCUUGUGUCACAACAGCAUCACGUUGGGAAACUGCUGCCAGCUCCCCGCCGUGGUGGUGGCUCAGCCUGGUCACAUCCCUGCAAUGCCUCUUAUGGAGGCAAAGGGCUCUGUCGUGCUCGUUUUGUCACUUGUCAUGGUCAGCACUGGCCGAAAGAUGGUGCCUGUCCCGCGUCUCUGCUGAUCUGCGGGGCGGAGCUGCUGCUCUCCGAGGCCUGUGAAACCCCUGCAGAGCCACAGGGUGGGUGAGCUGCAGCUGGAACGGGGCUGGGAAGGCUUGGAAGGCUUGAGCUCCCCCUUUGGGGGGCAUAAACCCCUUUCCCAGUCAGAUAAAAGGGGUUCCUCUGUGCCUUGGGGUGAUGGACCAACAGAGCUCCUGGAUCCCUCACCAGGAGCUGUGGAAUGUUGAUGCCCUUGGAGGCUGGGUCAGGUCCAUGGUUCCUGUAGCUUUAGCUCUUCUGUUCAUGGCACAGGGGACCUUGGGAUAAGCCAGCUGGGGCUACUCAGGUAAGCAGCACACGCAGCUCCUACAGCCUGCAUUGGUGGAGUUGUGUUUAUCUGGCAUUUUGGGGCUAAAGGCUCAGCUGGGAAAGGCAGGGAGCUCCAUGGAAGGAGCCCUUGGGCUGAGCUGGUGCUGCCAGGGGCUUCCUCAGAGGGGCCUUACAGUACAUACUCAGGGGAUGGGAAAGGUCAGGGUGGGAGGAUGGGAACCAAACCAGCACUUUCUGAGAGUGGCAGAUAAAGGGCUGUCAUGGAGGGUCAACCCAGGAGGGCCCUGGGAGGGCUCCUGGGAAGGGGAACCAUGUCUGACUCCUCCUGAGAGGAGGGAGCAGUGCCUCUAUGUGCAGUUGUCUGCUGUUCGCUUUUAAUUGGUCUGAGAACGUUGUGUGCUUUACAAAAAAUCAACAACAACAACAAAAAAGAAAUUAUACCUUCGGUUAUUUAAAUAAAGGAGCCUCCUUGU